AUGGCACGGCUGAGUUCUCGAAACGACGAUAAAGUGGACUUUGGAGAAUUCGUGAAUUACGUUGUUGAACAUGAAAAAAGAUUGGAAGCCAUUUUCCAAGAUUUGGAUAAGAACAACGACGGACUCGUAGACGUGCGGGAAAUCAAAGUCUUUUGUAAUGAGCAAGGAAUACCUCUUGAUGAUAAAAGGGCUCGUGUUAUUGUUGAGAGGAUGGAUCAAUCUGGUUCGUCAUCCGUGGAUCUCGAUGAGUUUCAGCAAUUCAUGUUGCUAUAUCCAAGUUCCGACGUAAAGGACAUGGUUGACUUCUGGAGACAUAAUCUAGUGAUAGAUAUAGGAGAGGACAGUCAAGUACCAGAAGACUUUACUGAUGAGGAAAUAAUAUCCGGUGUAUGGUGGCGUCAUUUAGUAGCAGGCGGAAUAGCCGGUUGCAUGUCUAGGACUUGUACAGCUCCCUUUGACCGACUUAAAGUGUUUAUGCAGGUACAUGCUACUCGAACGAACAACUUGGGUGUGCUAUCGUCGUUGCGACUGUUGCAUGCAGAGGGAGGUGUGAAAUCGUUCUGGAGAGGAAACGGCAUCAACGUUAUAAAAAUUGCUCCAGAAUCUGCCAUCAAAUUUAUGGCAUAUGAGCAGUGCAAACGACUCAUUCAAAAGUAUAACAAAGAUGGAGAAUUAACUGUCGUGGAACGAUUUGCUGCUGGAUCAUCU